AUGUCUGCCUGUUACCUGAUGCACGGGAGGGAACCUGGUUUACAUGUGAAGAAGUUAAAGAAAGGUGAAAAUGAAAAAGGGACAUCAAAAGGAUCUGUGAUCACACCAGUGUUGCAGAAGGCAGAUUCCCUAACUGGUGGUCCACUACAAAAGAAUGAUGGCAGCCAUUUCAGUGAAAAGGAUCAGCAUGAAAGCAGACCUGCAAAGAAAAUUUCUAAGAAAAAGAACAAGGUCAAAAAGCAAAUUACUUCUAUGGAUGAUCUUGUCGACUUCAUUCAGUCAUCUGAAGCAGCUUCAGAGCAUUGUGAGUUGCCUUACUCUAAGAAUUUCAUGUUGCUGAUUGAACAACUUGGCAUGGAUUGUAAAGAUUAUGCUGGCUUCUUGAAAAUCCAAGAUAUACGUGUUUCCUAUGAGAAAUUAAGGAAACUUAACAAAAAUCACUGUAAACUUCUUAUGGGAAAAAUGACAAAAAUGGAAAAAAUGGUUAGUGCACUACAAAACGAGCUACAAGAAACCAAAGACAUGAUAUCACGGUUAGAGCAUCAAAAAGUUGAAUGGGAACGUGAAUUCUGCAGUUUGAGAUGUACCUUAAAACAAGAAGAAGAAGAAGAAGAAGAAGAAGAAGAAGAAAGAAGAAAUGCUGAUAUGUUAUAUGAAAAUAUUAGGGAAAAGUUAAGAAGAAAAGAAGACGAAUAUAAGAAAGAAGUUGAAACAAAACAACAAGUUGAACUCGCUCUUAGAACGCUAAACAUGGAAUUGAAGGCCACCAAAAAUCAGGUUGUAGAAGAGCGCAGUGACACUCAGUGGCAACUUUCUCCAGAUCAGAAGGCCAGAGUCUUACAAGAUGGAAGUCUAAACAAUCACCUUUACAAGCAAAAGGAGCUAGAAAUGGCUCAUAAGAAAACUAGUUCUAAGGUAGUUGUGAGACAACUUCAACAAGAACUGGCUGAUACUCUGAAGAAACAGUCUAUGUCACAUCUUCAUCUGGAAGAUGAAACACGGAAUCUCAAGAAGAAAUUAGGUCAAAUCAGAAGUCAGGCUGAUGUCCUUACAACAGAACUGGAAACUACAUCUUCAAAAUGUCUACACCUGGAUGCAAAAAAUCAAGUUCUUCAACAAGAGUUAUUAUCAAUGAAAUCUUUCGAAGAAGAACGUGAAAAACUAGAGAGCAAUAACAAGAAGUUACAGCAAGAAGUAGUAAAAUUGAAACAAUUUAUGGAAAUGAAUAUGGUAGAACGCAGUCAAGUGGAACAGUAUAAACGGGAGAUUGAAGAAAGAGCACGACUGGACAUAGAAGAAAAAUUACACGAAGUCAACCUGUUUUUACAGGCACAAGCAGCAGCUCAAGAAGACUUGGACCAGUUAAGAGAAAAUGCUCAUGCUUCAACGAGAAGUCAAAUGGAACUUAGAAUUAGAGAUCUGGAAUCUCAGGUCUCUACAAUGAAGACUUCUCAAGAAGAUUCGACUAAAACAGAGUUGGAAACCUACAGGCAACUCUACCUAGAAGAAUUAAAAGUUAGAAAGUCCUUGAGAAAUAAGCUGAACAGGACUAAUGAGAGACUGUCAGAGAGCAAUACAAAACUUCUUGUGGAGAGACAGCAGCACCAAACUUUACUCAGGACCCUUACUAUGAGCCCAGGCCUGGAACCACCUUAUUGUGGACAUUUUGAAAAUAAUUUAGUGCUCAAUGGAAACUUUACUCCAGGAGGAAACUUAGUGAUUCCUACCUUGAACCCACGGCCGUCAUAUGACUACUGAGAGACUUCCUUGUGGAAGAUGCAGCGGGAGUUGGAAAGAAUAACCAGAGCACUAGAAGAAGCUGCUACCGAAUUUGAAUGAGGAUCCUGUAGAAAUCCUUUAGUAUCUACUGAUGAUUCAAUUCUAAAUCAAGAUCCAGUAUGGAAAGCGCCACGAGAAUAUGUACAG